UUCUGGGCGCUGCUUGGUCCUCCGAACUGUUGUACUGUUUGUUUUUGUGGUUGCUUUUAAGAAAUAAUGUGAAGCUUAAGUGUUUGGAAGUUACUUUUGGAAACCCAACUACAACUUGCACCGUGUCUGUACCAGUUUACAGAGACAAAACUGUUGUUGGAGCAGAGCCGUGGUCUCUCAGCACCUCUUCUGGAGCAGCUGCUGAAUACAUUACAGAUGGUCUUCCCCUGACCUAAAGUCAAGCCACAUUUGGCUGUUACUCUGGUUCAUUCGAAAACAUGGCCGACAGUUUUUACAAGUUGGAAGAUGAAGCCUUUCCCAGUUUCCUCUGCAAGUCUCUGGACAGCACCAGUGGCCGCGCCACACUGGGGAAUGUAACAUUGGGUUCAGGCCCAGGACUUCCAGUGGCUGCUUCUACAGUGGCUAAAAUUAAACUGGGGACUGACAACAGAGGAGAUCCUGUUGAGGCAUCAUAUCUGGAGGCCAAAGAGCUGCAGCAGACCAGCUCACAGUCAUCUGUUAGAGAACAACCCAAGUUUGCCCUCAGCUUCAAAGAUGACUUGGAUAAUGCGGAUGACUUCAUUGCAGCCCACCGUCUUUCAGACAUACUGCUGAAGAUUAAUUUGGAUGAGAGUGGAUCUCAGAAUCAAGGCUCCAUGCUGGGGCUUCCCCCCACACAGACUGGCUCAAUCCACGGCCGGCCCACAGAACUUGGAACAGAUCUGUCAACAGGCCUUCUGACGUUUGCCCAGUUUGGACAUAAUGAUAGUCCAGAUGCAAAGGGUCAGCCCUUACCUGUCACAGCUGAGGAAGACGAUGAUGUGCAGAGUGAGGGAAUGGACAGUGACCAUUUCAGUGGCAGUAACUCAAGCUUCCUGGCCAAUGAGAAGCUCAUGUCUGUGGACAGCAUCAACAGCGAUAUCACAGAUGAUGACUUUGAUCCAAACAACUUGCCUGAUGAUGAGCUGGAGCUGUAUUUCAAUAAGCUGGUGCGUCCUGCCAUGCAGAGAGGCAGAGUGGAGGGUCAGGAGAUUUCUGCAUCAGGACUGCCAGGCGCUACGGACAACAUAUCAAACCCGAGUUCUACAGAACCAGAACAGUGUAGACACCAAUUCCUCGAUGACUACAAUCAGGACGACUUCCAGAUGCCUGAUGUGCGUCUGGCUGCUACAGGGAUGGACUCUUGUCCUGCUAGUGAUGAGGACACUGAGGAUGAGCUGGAGUCUGCCAGAAAGAUCAGCAAUGCUUCCAGGACACGGCUGCUGCCCAGCACCUCCAGACAACUGGUUGGAGAGAGUAAUCGUCCUAGCUUCAGGCCGGGCUUAGAGGGCGGCAGUUCUGAUGAUGAGGCUUCAGGUGGUCGCGGCGGUCCAUCUCUGUCUGGGAUUGAACACAGACGAUCUGCUGAAGGACAAGUCAUCAACCCUCCAGUCACAGGGGACGGAGGAGGUGGUGAUGGGAGCAGUGGGAGUGAGGAAAGUGGAAACGACGGCGGAGUUUCAACCAUCCCUCUCCCAACGGCUGGCGUCCAGACCACCUAUGAUGUUCUGCGUGGUCUUGGGAUUGUGGGGAGUAGUGCUGUUGGCGAGGAUGCGGGCAUUGAUCUGAAUCUGCCGGGACGGAACAGUCUGUCCAGACAUGUUGAGAUGGGUGACCGUGUGGGUCCUGUAGGAAUAGGAGAGGCCAGCUCCUUUGGGGCAUCAGGGGGAAGUCAAAGGCUUUCUCCUGUCAACUGGAGUAUGGUCGUGGACCGUCAGGAGGCGUUGGAUGCCAUGGAAAGCACAGAGUUCGGGCCUAAUGUUGACCCACUGUUGGACUCGGCCUACCUGAGGAGUGGAACUGGACCUAGGAGACCUCAGGACUCGGCACACUUCACUUUCUCACACCUUCAAAGCACCCAGGGGAGCUUCCACCUUUCCCAGGUGCUGCUACCAGAAUCUGAUGAAAAGGAUGAUGAUGAUGAUGAUGAUGAUGAUGAUGAUGAAGGAGUAGAUGAGCCUGAUGGUUCCAGGCCUUCCUUGGGCUUAAGGGGAGGGCCUUGUGGUGAUGUGACUACCACAGAGACCUCAGACAGUGCCAGUGAGGAAGACAAUAAUCUCCUUUCCACCUCUCUGGAACCUAAGUAUUUCUCCCAGAGCUUCUCCCAGGAACAAGAAGAUUCAGAUGAUGCGUGGAACAAUUGCCCAGACAACCUGGAGCUGGAGUUUCAACAAGGUGCCAAGGCCACUCAUGGUGUGGUGUACCAGAAUGAAGAAGGGCAGUGGGUGACAGACCUGGCCUAUUACUCUUCCUUUGAAAAAGAAGCUGAUGUGAAGACAUCAGAAAUGGCUGAGGACUUUGUUCCUGCCAGUGAUGCUAUUGAAAAAAUAGUUAAGGAUCAAGAGGAGUUUGAGAAGGAACACCAAUUCAUGCAGGAGGAGAAGAUUGAACCAUGCAACAGCAACAGCUCCUUUCACAGUGACUCAUCUUGGAAGGCCCUCGCCAACAGCCACAUCCUGAUGAGGGCUUCCCAGGUUUCCUCAGAGUUUAAGCAGGGGGACCAAAGCUACUUGCGACUAACUUUUGGGGAGUUCUUUGGACAACGCUCUGAAGCCCUGGGCCGUCUGGGCACUGAUGAAGUGGAUGGGAUUAAACGGCCAUCCUUUGGUUACAUCAUUACCUCUCCAGAGAAAAGGGAACCAUUUGCCCUAAUUCACCCAUCAGAGUUCUCAGCCAGAGACGACUCUCCUCACAAUGACACCUCGGAACUCAGCGAAGCAGACAAAACACUCAAUCAAGAGGACUUGGACAAGACUCUUGAGGCACCAGCGGAAAGGAUAUCGCCGAAAGAUGAUGAUGAUUCAGAACCAUGUGAACAGGAGGGCCAUACUCCCAGUGCUGCACUACCUGAUCAAGGUAAGGGCUCUGGCUCUGAUUCAAGCUUGGGUCACCAAAGCUGUGUGUCCCCCAACAAUGACAGCAGCAAUCUGAUGCUGAGUAUCAGCACAAUUGCUUCAGCUAUUGCUGAUGCAUCCAUCAGCACUGACCCAUUGCAGCUGGCUGCCAUGAUCAUGGAGCUUUCCAAGAGGAGUAGGGCGAGGAAUCGACCUGAGUCCACAGGCCCUGCUGGACCUUCUCUCAACUGCAUAGAGGAACCACAUUCACUUGAACAUAUCCUCCCUGAGCCAGAUCAGAGCAGCAUGCUGGACACACUGCUGAGAACCACCUGUGUUGGAGAGCUGAGUGCUUUUGACAUGGAGAAAUACCUGAAAAAGACUGAUGUGUCAGGCAGCACUGAUGCCUCUGUGGCACACACUACCUUUGACAUGACUGGCUGGGCUGAAAACCUUGGCAGCUCUCAAAGGAAUCCUCAAGCAGGAUACCAUGAGGAACAGUGGAGCUCAGCUCUCAAAGUGGAUGGAGAGACUCAGCAGAAGCCCACAAUAACAAACACUGAGGAGAAUGACCAAAGAGGAGAGACAACAUUAAGCACAAGCUCAUCAGCAGUGCCCCCUUCAAAUGCAUUUUCUCCUGGUCAUAAGGCAAACUCAAAAAGAAGCUCUAUUCCUCGUCCUCGUUCAUCUUUUAGCUCUGCCAGAAGGUCUGUGGGCUCAGGCCAGUCUUCCACUGUCAUGCCUUCGGCAGAUAAAAUGACAGCAUGUGAUACCUCUACUUCCUCAGAAAGGACCCUCACAGAAAACGGAGUCAAAGUAGGAGAACUGAACUCCAAAUCAUCCAACAAUAUUAGGUUUUCCUUAGAAACAUCUCAAAAUAAUGAUAAAGGGCCUGCUUCUUCAACUUGCUUGCAAAGAACUCCACCAGGCCCGAGGACAGCACAGUCAGGCCUGCCUUGUUCAAAAGCUUCCUCUGCCAUGCUACAGAAUGUGCAGAGUGUUGUCCAGCAGCAGAAGGACAGGCCAAGUAAUUGUCCAGAGAAGAAACCACUACCCAGAAAUGUCAUGGUCAAUCCACUACCUUGUAGCUCUGUGGAGAAGCAUGUUGGCUCCUCUUGCCAGAACACGCAGCAUCCACUGGACCCUGUGUCUGAACUGCUGAAGGGUUUUUCUGAGCCCUGUGUGGAGGAGACUCAGUGUAACUUCAGACCGUCUACCUCUCCGCUAACUCACUCCUCUCCAAGUCAGACCUCCUUUCCCAGCAUUAAUGGUAUGACGUCACCUGCGUCGUCUAGUGAUGGUCUGGCAAACAAACGUCCAGGUCUUGACCUCUCUCCUCAGUCUACCUGCUCCAGCCCCAGUCUCAGCAGGCUCACAUACAUUUCAAUGAAUGACAGCACUGUCAUACCUACGCCUGAGCGGCCAAAGAAUAACUGUACCAUGGCACUGAGCACCACCAUCAUCAGAAUCAGUCCAACUCCACCUGCUGAACCAGAUGCCCAGUCUGACCUUGAUAUCCUUGGCCUGCCCAAAAGCCUGGACCAGGUGCAAUCAAAGCAUUCUAAAAGUCUGGACCCACUACCAGCACAGCAGUGUAAAAGCCCAGAGCCCUCGCGUAGUGCUUCAGGUCUGAGCUGUACUCGCAGCCAGAGUGAAUGUAACUACCAUUGCCCUGGGGACAGAAAUGCUGAUCUUUCAGCAGGUUGCAGGGACUACAAGCACGUUUCUGAGUCCAAUGUAAGACAGCUCACUAAAGUUGACUCAGGCUACUGCAGUAAUCUGAACAUUCAGCAAACUAGCAGCGCUGCAGUUCCUCAGAACUCCCAGGAGUGGGGAGCUUCCAGCUCUGUGUCGUCGUCGGUGUAUCCUAGUGGCCUUGGCAUGCCUCCUUCCUACUCAUCAGAUGGUCUUUGCUAUGUGCCCAUCCCCAGCUUCAAGCCCCAUUGUACUCGCUUGAUUAAUCGUCCCCAUGAAGGAGAUCUACAGUCCCUCCUCCCUGGAAACUCUCACUUCAGCUCCCAGUUGGCUCAGCAGUAUUUGGGACCUAAAGCGCUAUUACAUCCUGGUUCUUAUCAUGUGGCAGCAACAGGAAAUGGUCUAUUCAGUGUGUCCUCUACAGGCCUACCCAACAGUGAUCUUCCAGUGAGACACAUCCAUCCCACAUCAGGUCCUCUGGGGAUUUCUGGGUCGUCUGGGACCCAUCACCUCCCUACAGCCCAUCAGGGCCAGCAGGACAUAAGAAGGAUGGGAAAACCCUACAGUCAAUAUGGUGCAGAUGGUCUUGAUGAUCUCAGAGGCCAAGUGAUGGUGCCAGAAGAACUGCGGUUCCCACACGCCUGCUGUGUUGGCAUCGCUUCACAGACAUCCCUUAGCCUCUUCAACCCCUCUGAGAGAUGGCAGCAAGUGUCAAUAACUGUCACCAGCCUGACCAUUGAUGGAGAAAAGAUGGAUAGCUUGCCGUACCAGUGGCUUAUAGUGAAGAACAAGACGAUCAUUGCACCGAAGAGUACUGAGGAGCAGAAAGUGGUGUUCAUCCCGCCGCAGGCUGGUGUCUACCAGUGUGUUUUAAAUGUUUGCUCUUGGCCUGCAUCCGCGGAGACAGAAGUUGCUGUCAGGGCCAACAUCUUUGCUAAAACGGUGGUGCUGGUUGCCAUAGCAGAGAAUCCUGCACUGGAGGUUGAAGUAAGCAAAUCUGGCUGUCUGGAUUUUGGAGACCUUCCAGGAGGCAGUGCCAAAUCCCUUCCUCUCAAACUGCUCAACAGGACUCAUGCUACAGUGCCCAUCCGUCUGGUCAUCAGUGCAAAUGCUACAGCAUGGCGAUGCUUCACCUUUUCCAAGCAACCCAUUAACACUACAUCUGAAGCAGCACAGCAGACUGGACACAUGACCCCAGUGUCUUCUCCCUCGGUGAUGAAUCAUGUGAUGCCUGCCAGCUACGGAGAGAAUCCACAAGGCUUCAUGGUCUGGGUUCACUUCAAGGCCCCUCACAACUACACAGUUUCCUCAGGGGAGCUUGGUCCGGCUGAUGAGUACAAUGCUCGGGUGGACAUUGAAGUUGACUCUCCUGGUCCUGGUCAUGUGAUCAGGAGUAUUCCCAUCAGGGCUAGGUCUGGAACUGCAAGGGUCCAUGCUCCUAAAGACCUUCAGACUGUCAGUCUGUCUGCUCCACUGGGUAAAUCUAGUCAACAGACGCUGCCAUUAAAGAAUGCAGGAAACAUUGACGUGCAGCUGAAACUCAAGAGCAGUAACACUGAGGACGGGUUCUCUGUGACGCCUGAUGAACUGUCCCUGAGAAUGGGAGAGGAGCAAGGCAUCAUCGUCUCAUUCAAUCCACAGGGCAGCAAGAAAUAUCUGGAAAGCCUUCUCACUGUCUUGGUGCUGCCAUCAGGUCCUCAGUAUGAGGUCACCCUGAAGGGAGAAGUUUCUCCAGAGGACUCUGGGAAACCUGCCAUUCCCUCUGCUACCAUGAUUGGUCCAGGUGUCGCCAGUGAUAUUCCACCAAUUCUCUCUAAUAAACAGUUCGUAGCCUGGGGAGGGGUCACCCUGGGACGAGCUGUCCAACAGAAGCUGGUUUUAAGGAACAACUCGACCAACGCCACACAGCAGCUACGGUUGCUUAUUCGUGGUCAAGACCAGGACUGUUUUCAGCUGCAGAGUAUGUUCAGUCCUGAAGAGCGUCUGACCCGACAUGGGGAGCUGUCCAUUCGUCCGAGAGAGGACGUGACUGUGCACCUGCUCUUUGCUCCCACCCGGGUAGCUUGCAUGUUAGCCAAGCUGGAGAUCAAACAGUCUGGUGUCCGGCCUUCCCAGCCAGGGAUCAAAUUCACUAUUCCACUGUCGGGCUACGGUGGGACGAGUAACAUCAUCCUAGAGGAUCAGAGGAAACAGGCAGACGGAUAUGUGGCAACACUGACCAACAUUGCUGUUGGUCGCGUCAGCAAAGUGUGUCUGUGUGUGAGGAACACUGGUUCCAGAGCAGCUUUCAUUAAAGCCGUGGCCUUCUCUGAUAUGCAGACACGAUCAGUUAUGGAACCCUCUGUCAUCAGCCUCACCCCGUCACAGUUCGUUCUGAAGGAAAGGACACAAGAGGUGAUCACUGUGUUAAUGAAGUCCACCCAAAGAGAACAGGCCCUGUGUCAGUCUGCCAGUGCACUGCUGGCUACUGUCUGUCUGUUUUGUGGAGAUGAGGUCACCAGGCAGCAGUAUAGGAGAUUGCUUCAGAGCAAACCAGAGGCUGUGCGCAAAGCUCUGUCUGAAAAUAGUCUGCUGAAAAACAUCAACUUCAAUGAGACGUUCCUGGGAGAAGAAAAUGUUACAGAGACAUAUGACCUGCCCCAACGGCCCAAUGAAGCUCACAUUUUCUAUGGAAACAUGAGUAAGGUAGUGGUGUUGUUGCUGGGAAGUACAAAGAGCACAGACUAUGAGCAGAGUGACCACACUGAGCUGCUGCUACCCUCUGCCAGACAAAGUUCAGAGACAAACAGUGGAUUGGCAAAUGGCAAUGUGUCUCUGGAUGUGCUGCCAGUGAAAGGUCCCCAAGGUCCAGCACUGAGUGUGGCAGAGCCUAUCUUGAAGGCUUCAGAGCCUUUUCACAGGCAGUCUGAGCCUUGGACCAUCCAUCCAGAACAACUUGUCCUUGCAGCUCCCACCAUCAAUGGCUCAGCCACCACCAGUCAGGUUCAGAUUCGGAACAAUACAUCCAGAGAGCUGAACUUUGAUUUGUCCUGGCCAGCUCACUGCCUCACCAUCACCCCUCAGCAUGGAGUUAUUGAGCCUCAGUGCCACAUCCAGAUUUUGAUCAGCCCUAACCCUUCGCUAGCAACUAAAUCUGCCCUGUUGCCAUGGAGUGGACAGAUAUAUGUCCAGUGUGACAGCCAACAGAAGUUUAUUAAGGUCCAGAUUCGUGGGGACCUGGCCUUGGAUGUGUCUGCGGCCCCAGCAGACACAACUCUGGCAGCCCUUCCUCCUCAGGCUGCCACCCCAGUGCUCCCUGUGACCAGGCUCCAUGCCAAACCGUCCUUACCCCCACAGACCCCAGAGACACCUCAAGCACUGGUGGAUAUCGGCAACAAGACCAUCAUGUUCCCCACCACAACCUCAGGGGAAACAUCAGAGGCCCAGCUGGAGGUGCAGAAUGGGGAAGUGGAAGUGAGGUGGUACCUCUCAUCAUUUGCUCCUCCAUAUGUCAAGGGGGUUGACAACACUGGGGAUGUUUACCGGGCCACUUACACUGCUUUCAGGUGCCCCAGGGUCUCAGGCACUCUGGGAGCUCAUGAGAAAAUGCAGGUGCCUAUUACUUUUCUGCCCAGGGACAGAGGGGACUAUGCCCAGUUCUGGGACUUGGAGUGCCACCCUGUGUCUGAACCCCAGCAGAAAACCAGAAUCCGCUUCCAACUCUGUGGCACUGGAAUAAAGUCUGGACCAGUUGAAGGACCACAGGAAGGAGAUUGCUCUCUGGUGAAGACAGAGGCCACAGUCAAGACUAGGAAGAGAGUUGAUGCCUCAGCAUGCAAAACCAGUCAGGAGGAGGCUGUGCGGAGGGGUGUGUAUUCUCCACAGGAUCUCUACACCUUCCCAGCUACACGGGUGGGUGAAUCCAGCACUCUGAAGGUCAACAUCCGGAACAACUCGUCUGGCGCACAUGAGCUGACAUUUGUAAACCCUGUGGAGCCCUUCCACAUCAAGCAUUCCAAAUAUUCCCUGAGAUCACAGCACUAUCUGAAGCUGCCCGUCCAGUUCAAGCCCAAUUCUCUAGGCAGACACGCUGGCUUGCUGCUCAUCCAGUCAGAAACAAGUGGAAGUCUUGCUAUUCAGCUGACCGGUGAGGCAUUGCCCUGAAUCUACCAUCCUACACCACCUCCUCAUGCUAGCUGGCUGGCUGGCUUCGGGGGGAAUGCUCUUCCUUGUACUAUUCAUCAUGACGAGAGUAAAGGAGAGUAAAAAGGCCAAACUUCUAUGGAUCAAAUGAAGGCAACUGUGGUCAUUGUAUUUAGAGUUAUAGCUCUAUAUAUUUCUAGAUAUUUAGAUAUCUUUAGAGAUAUGAAGCUGAUUAACUGGAGGUGAGUGAGACUUUACUGCCAGCACAGCCCCGUCUGCCUCUGCAUGUGGCACAAGAGUCCUUAGCUGGCCCAGGGACACUUAUUGUGCCUGUUUGUGCCUGAAGCUAAGUGAUUUUGUCUGACUGGCUCACAAUUAGUCUGUACUACUCUGACAUUUCACAGAGCUAAUCAUUUUUGUCACUUCAGUCUGGAUCUGGUAUUUGCUUUAUCCUCAAGUCAUGUAACAAGGCAGCUUUUUUGUUGCCAUUGCCCCAGUCAGACAGUACCAGUAAGGAUAUGUUAUGGAUUACUAUAAAAUGGCCAUGCAGGAAUGCAGUGGGACAAAGUCAAAAUUCAGAAAUGGAAAAUAUAAUUAGACCACCCUUGUUUUCUUCAAUUUAUUGUUCAUUUGAAUGCCUGGGACAAGUACAGGUACAUUUGUUUUGAUAAAUAUAAUGAUAAGAAAGGAUCAAAAAUAGGUUAUAAUAGUUUAAUUAAAGAGCUGAUAUCUACCCAUGGUUUUCCAGAUAAUGAUUUUGGUUAUCAUCAAGAAAACCAUGUCCACAUUUCAUAAAAUGUUCUCCUGUACUGGUGUGGUUUCUCUGGAAAUGUCUCCUCAUCCUGCCGAGCCCACCUGCACAGUGGCCUUUGUCUGCACCAUGUGUUGACUUCCCAGCAACCUCCAAGACUUGUUCCACACAGUCCAGAUGUGCUUAAUUUAGUCAUGAUCAGUGCAGCUCACAGCAACAUUGGGAUGGUUAAUGAUUGUUAUUACAUGCUAAAAGAGUUUCCCUCUGGUGGGGUAUUGUUCUGCAGCUUGCCAGGCCUGCUUAGUACUGUUACCAUGGCAAAACCGUGUUAAUCACUGUUCCAGUCACAGAAAAUUACCUCUCCAUUUUCUCUUUUGGCUCUGGGGCAAAUGGCCAAAAUUGCUUGGGGUUAAUUGAGACUCAUUCAUAAUCAGUUUUGAAACUGGAACGGCAUCGGAAACUGUACGUACAUUUCAUCAGUGAUGUGUUAACCUGUUAGGUGCCACACACUGUAACAAUGAACAACACUAGCGUUUUAAGGAUUAUUUUCUGCUAGUAGAGCAAGUUUUAAUAUGAAGGCAGUAUAUUGUCACAGGCUGCUGCCAACAUGCCUUGACAGCUAUCCUGACAUUCUGAUUUACACAUUUGCACAUGCUUUAAAUAGUAUAUAUUGUAAUAUAUUUGAUGUACACAUUUUGAAUAAAGUUUUGUGAUAAAUAA